CGAAAAAUUAAUUUUUAUUAAUCAAAUGCGCUAUUUAAAGUUAAAUAAUGUUUUGGAAAAAAAUCGGGAAUUCCGUUUCAGAUAGGUAUUUCCGCGAUUCCGCGAUCGCGGAAAAUCAGUGCCUCUAGUGUCCCAUAUAUGUCAAGAGCUGCAGCGAACACUCUUCAGACGUUUUUAUGAUCUUAAUUGGCUGAAUGUGACGGAACCUCUCUCCUUGUCCAAUCAUCUUGAGGGAAAACUGUUGGUGCUGGAUUUCUUUACUUACUGCUGUAUUAAUUGUAUGCACGUGUUACCUCAUCUGGAAGAACUCGAAAACAAAACACACCAUUCAGGAUGGUCUGGUUGUGAUAGGAGUCCAUUAAGCCAAGUUUCUCAGUGAAAAGACAACUAGUAAUAUUUUAAGUGCUGUUUUGCGGUAUGACAUAAAACACCCUGUCGUCAAUGAUUCAGAAGCUUUGCUAUGGCAACAGUUGCAGAUUAACUGCUGUCCAACAUUUGUAACUGUAGGUCCCAAUAAAGAGUUUUUGUUCACCAUUGCUGGAGAGAAAAGCAAGGAUCUUUUAUUUGAAUUUGUCACGGUUUCGCUGGAAUAUUUAAUGGAAAAGAAGGAAAAGGACAGGAGACAGAAAUCUCCAUUGCAUUAUCCUGGAAAGGUUUCAGUCACAGAGCGUGAUGAAUUGAUUAUAUCGAACACAGGAAACCAUAGCAUCCUGAUUGUCACCUACAAUGGUCUUGUCAAGGAGAAGAUUGGGGGUGUGAAAGGUUUUCGUGAUGGAAAUUUCCAGGAAGCCAGGUUUUCAUCUCCACAAGGCACAGCUUCACUGGGGUGUCUUAUAUUUGUAGCAGACACGGACAACCAUGCAAUAAGACGAAUUGACCGUGUUAAACGAAGAGUGGACACGAUAGUUUGUACAGAAUAUCAGGGUUAUGACACGGAGGGUGGUAAGACUGGGACUUCUCAGGAGAUUUCAUCGCCCCGGGAUCUUGUCAUAGGAACAUCACCACAUUCAGAAGAGCCUGAUGUUCUCUACAUUGCUAUGGCUGGAAUCUGGGUGUAUUUCCUCAAAGACGUUACUUGGUACAGAAACCAACAAUUCAAAGCUAAGAUUUGUGUCCGGUUUCCUGUUUUGGGUAAUGAGGAGGAUCAAAACAACAUUUACCCACAGCCAUCUGGUCUCGCGCUGUCGCUGUCGCCCAGGGGUUAUCUGAACACACUGUACAUCGCCGACGCCGAGAGUUCCAGCGUGCGACAGAUCUCACUGGAGGACGGAACGGUGACGGCUUUGGUUGGAGGAGAGCGAGACCCUCGGAAUUUGUUUGGAGACCAGGAUGGAGUUGGCGUGGAAGCCAGGUUACGACAUCCACUGGGUGUGGCUCUGGUCACUGAAGAAGGUCAUCUAAUUGUAGCAGAUUCUGACAACAAUAAGAUUAAAUCUGUUGAUCUGAAAACCAAAGAGUGCUUCACUGUGAUUGGUUGUGGGUUGCCAGGUAACCACUUGAGUGACAACCACUUGGAGGUGAAGCUGAAUAAGCCGGGUGGAAUUUGUGUCAAUCAAAGAAAGCAGCUUGCCUACAUUGCUGACACCAACAACCACUCCAUUAAAGUGUUACAUCUCAAUACAAACACACUGAAAGAGCUUCCAAUAAUAUUUCCAACUAAUGGGGAACAUCUCAGUGACAAGGCACCAAAUUCCUAGAAAAUAAUUGUUUCAGAUCCUGCUGAAACUCCCAUGAAGACUCUGAAAGGCCAUUUGAAAACGAGUUACCAGCAGCCGAUAACAGAGUUCAUUAUUCGUCAGACAAAUGGUUUGACACAGAUGUCGGUCAUGCUGGUAAUGCAGUUGUUUAUCUGUCGGGUAGAUGACACAUGCACUGUGAGAACUAGCCAUUGAUCAACCCCUGAAUAUUGUGCUGAGUGGCAGACAAAAACAGUGUUUGAUGUUUGAUUUUGAUACCAGUCAGUUAUGAUCAGGUGUGAAAAUAUGUGUCUGACGCACAUGUUAGAUAUCGUGUGAGAUUUGUGGUAUCACACAACGGUCUCCAGUGGAUGUGUGAUACUCAUUUAAAGACAUCUGAUUGUUUGCACCAUGGUGAUGACCUAAAUGCCAAAGCUAUACCAUCCAAUAAAUUAAGAAUUUGAUUGCUCUGUGAUGUACAAGUUAACCUGAAACUGAUUGCUGUGUGACGCACAAGUUAACCUGAAACUGAUUGCUCUGUGAUGUACAAGUUAACCUGAAACUGAUUGCUCUGUGAUGUACAAGUUAACCUGAAACUGAUUGCUCUGUGAUGUACAAGUUAACCUGAAACUGAUUGCUCUGUGACGCACAAAUUAACUGCAAGCAUAGUUAACCUUUAGCACGUCAGCUAAAGUUUUGAUUGAAAAAGACAUUUAAAUUCUGGAGGAUAUGUUACAAACAGAAUACUCAACUCGUAUCCAUUAGAUGUCAUUGAUCUUGCAACUUGUUUAAAAAUGUAUUCAACUUGCAUUUGCUCGUUAGAUACUUUUCAAAAUAACUUCUAAAAUUAUAAAUGGUAUCUUAAUGGUAACUCAUGUAUUAUUCUCUAUUUACAUAUUUUACAUUGUCUUUUCAAUGAAAACUAGUCAACAGUUGAGUCAUUUCAGUUUAUUUCUAUGCUUUUAUCAAAUAAAUGGCAGAAUGUAGCCCAGUGGCAAAGUACUCUCCUGAUGCGUGGUUGGUCUAGGAUCAAUUCCCAUCAGUGGGCCCAUUUGGUUAUUUCU